CAAUAACGAGUGGCGCUCACAUUUGGGAUAGCCUAUCUCGUUCCCCCCAGCCCACCUAUUCUGUGGGAACACCUGAGUCACUUUAAGCAGCCAGAGAGGGUUGGACUAGGCUACAUUCCAUCUCGAUUCAUCAACAAUGCUGGUGGUAGAUCUCGCACGACUCACUCGGUACCAGUGAGAGAACGGACAAAGUGAACUGCAGUACAUGGAAAGAAGUUCAUUCACCCGAAACCUGCUGUGGCAUGUGGAACUGAAUACAAAAAAGAAGCUCUUAUAGUGGAGAGACUCUGACAAAAGCAAGCAGACAUGAAUCCAGAGGUCUGUUACAGCAGCAGUGUGCUGUUCCAGAUGUUGAGCAGCGAUCUGAACGCCUCUUUGGCCACAGCCGAUGAGCUGUCCCGGGAGUUUGACAGUCUGAUGAAGGAGUGCUCGUCCAAACCAGAGUCCAAACCAGAGUCUGAGCCUGUCAUCAGCUCGAGCGUCUCCGGGGGAACGCAGUGGGCGUGUCCCAGAGCCAGCAGCCCAGCUCCCUCGCAGAGGGACAAGGACGCCGGCAGCCCCAGGCCGCCGUCAGACGCCUCGAUGGCCCUCGCCGCUGAGCCCAGCCCCCGCCCGGAAAACUCGCCGCUGCUGUUGUCGCCUCCCGUCUUCUCCCCUCCCGGCCAGCCCACCCCUCCCCUGUCCGGCAAGGACAGGCUGUCCCCCUCCUCCAGCCUGCAGAGCCUUUCCUGGCUGUCCCCCCAGGCCCGGAGGCGCGUCUUCCAGUACGAAAGCGUCUCCUCCGCCUACCUGGAGAGGAGCCCCUCCCCCAGACCCCUGACCGUGGACCAAUCCUUUCACCUGAAGCCGCAGCCCUCCCCCACCCCAAUGGCCCCGUACCCCUCCAGCCCCGGCAGGUCUCCCAGACCCGACAGGAGGACCCCCCCUCACCUGCUCGGCCUGUCGCCCGCCGUGUCCGGCUCCCUCCCCCGGAGCUUCGGUUCUCAAAACCCGGCCGCGUCGCCGCCGGGGUCCGAGGCGGGCGCGCGGAGACAGAGGAUCCCCGCCGCGUGGACGGAGAACGACGCGGACGCCGCUUACGGCCGAAAACACCAGCGCCCGUACGAAAAGACGGAGCGGCUGAGGCUGUAUGGGUCGCUGGACUCCUCAGCCCGUGGCUUCAGUAAGGACUCUCGGACUCUGCAGUUCCAGCCCAAAGCGUCUCUCCCACGCAACGCCCGCUUGAACGCCUCGCGUUCCGAGCGCGCUUCCUCCUCCUCCUCCUCGCCUUACGGCUCGCCCACCGCGCCGCGGAAGUCCUGCGCCCCUCUGGCCCCGCCCCGGUCUCGCUGGCACCGCCCCGUCCCGCUGUCCGUCAUCAUGCGCGCCCAGACGCCGCUGCGGGCCCUGGUCACCAGGCACCCCCGCGCCAUGCUCCUGGAGGGGGACGGCGCCCCCCGCGCCCUGCAGCAGCAUCUGCUCCAGCUUGCAAGACAGGGCUCAGAGGAGGGGGAGCCUGGAGGAGCCGCCGCCCCGCCCCAGAGCCCCGCCGGCCUGCCGGCGCUGGGGCCCGAGGCCCAGGCGUGUCCCGAGCUGCUGCUCCUCCGCUCGGAGAUCCCCCGGGCGCUGAAGAAGAGGGGCGGGCUCAGCCAGGCCGUGCCGCUCGUCCACCGGCGCCAGUACCAGCAGAUGAUCCACAAGCUGUUCAGCCGGCGGGACGCCCACCACCAGGGGGAGCCGGGGAGCGAGUCCAGCAGCUCCUCGGAGGGAGAGGAGAGCCCCAGAACGCCCGCGGCCGCCCCCCUCUCACCCGUUCUGGUCACGUCCCAACACAGGGGCCUGCAGCCCAUCUUGAAGCGCCCCAGCCGGGAGCGCAAGAGCUCCGGGUCCCGGGCCCGGAUCAGUCCGCUCGUGCUGCUGCUGGACGGGGCGCUGGUGGGGGAGCUGGACACGGUGCAGAGAGCGGCGAAAGAGAUGAGCGACCCCAGCCAGCCCAAUGACGAGGGCAUCACCGCGCUGCACAACGCCAUCUGCGGGGGGCACUACAGCAUCGUGGACUUCCUGGUGCAGAUCGGAGCCAAUGUCAGCGCUCCAGACAGCCACGGCUGGACGCCCCUGCACUGCGCGGCCGCCUGUAACGACCGCUCCCUGUGCGAGUACCUGGUGCGCAGCGGGGCGGCGGUGCUGUCGGUAACCGAGGGCGACGGGGCCACGGCCGUGGAGAAGUGCGACCCCUACGCCCCGGGCUUCGAGGGGUGCACCGCCUUCCUGAGGGGGGUGGAGGAAGCCAUGGGGGUGGAGAACGGCGGGGUGCUGUAUGCCCUUUGGGGGUACCCCGCCCAGGCCCCCGACGAGCUCAGCUUUCGGGAGGGUGACGCGGUGACAAUCAGGAAGAAGCAAGAGGGGUCGGAGUGGUGGUGGGCGUCGCUCGGCAACAGGGAGGGGUUUGUGCCCAGCAAUUACUUUGCGCUUUUCCCUAAAGUUCGGCCGAGAUCUCUGCUGGACCACAACCAGAAGGGACGCUGAAUCUGGCCGCGUCUGUGCUCCGCGUGAAGACUGGGCUCACCCUGCUGACUGUUGCAUAUGGAGCCGCAGAGUUUGUUACCCACACAAAAGAGCGCUGGCAUGCCGGCAUCUCGCUGUGGUCGGAGGGGAACCUUCCUGCAGGCCCGUUUGUCACUGUGAAAUGAAAUCUUUUACCCAAAAAUUGUGCCUUUUUCUUAGUAGGAAUUUUCCUUACACCACAUAAAUAAGGGCAGUCGCCAAAAUCUAUGAACAAAACCAAUGAUGUAACAAAUAAACAUAUUUUUUAAAUAUUUUAUUUGAAAAUACUGGAAACAUUUUAUACAUUCUGCACCUUUGCCAUAUGGUCACAUUGUGGUUUACUGGUUCAGUGUAUUUUUAUUUGUAUUUUAUAACAAGAAAGCCAAGAUCAACAAGAGUAUUUAUUGCUUUGUUAUGGUUAUAAUUUAAUAGAAAUUAAUUAUUUACCAUAUUCACAAUGUUCUGUUACUUCAAUGAAAGAAUAGAAGACCAUAUUUAAAUAUUAAUCCAUGAAUGAUAAAUUUGUAGGACGACAUCCUGCAGCCUUUGCCAUUUCACCAUCUGUGUCUACCAGCAAUAUACAUUAACAUAAAAAAAUAGAUCUGGGCUGUUUCAUGGUUUGGGCUAGGCCCCGUAUUUUUUCCAGUAUUGGCAAAUCUUAAUGCUACAGUAUACAAUCACAUUCUAGACUAUGCUGUGCCUCCCAAACUGUUUCAGCAUGACAAUGCCCCCGGGAACAUAGCAAAGUCCAUAUAGGAAUGGUUUAGUCAAGAAUGGUGUGGAAGAAGUUGACUGGCCUGCACAGUGCCCUGACCUCAACCCCAACCAACACCUUUGGGAUCAAUUGGAAAGCCAACUGCGAGCCUGGCCUAAUCACCCAAUCAGUAUCCAGCUUCACUAAUGCUUUUCUGGAAGCAAAUCCUUGCAGCAAUGCUCCAACAUAAAGCCCUCCCAGAAAAGUGGAGGUUGUUAUAGAAGCAAAAGGUGGACUAACUCCAAUUUGAUGCCCAUAAUUUUGUAUUAGAUGUUGGAUGUCUGGUGUCCACAUACUUUUGGCCAUGCAGUGUAUCAUGAUUUAUGUAUUAUAAUGAUCACCUUUUGGGGGUAAUGAUUUUGUGAAGUGCUUUGAAGUGUGUGCGUUUUUGUAUGUCUCAUAAAAUGUAAAAGAUAUUUUUUUGGAAUGUGAAAAAAUGCAGUACAGACCCUGUGGUAGAAUGUUGGUGAGAACUGUAAAAUAUCUUGUUGAAUUGUUGUACGUACAGAUACAUUGUUCAGCAUGAGAGAGAGAGAGAGAGAGAGAGAAUAAAUGGCAUCAUUUUUGCACUGGUGUUCUUGAAAGCCUUGACGUGCCUUCAGGAAAGGCAUCUGACUGCUGUUUGUCAAUAUGUCACUCAUUUCUUGUCUUGUUCUUUAUAUUUGUACAGAAAGAACUUUAUAAGCAUGUUGUGCCAUUUUUGUGACUUUUGUGCAAAGGUGAAUAAAAAAUAAUUACACAUCAAA